GUACAGCGUGAGUUACGUGGUUAGCAACGGGGCUACGGUGACUGCCAACGGUGGUGUAAUUAAUUCGGCAACCCAAACCAUCACUGGAGUAACUACCGGUACGAAUCUGAGUGUAACGGCUACUGCCUCGUGUGGAACCGUAGUGAAUAAUAUCCUGGCACCUGCCACCUGUACGCUACCUCCUUCCUGUACCGCACUGCCAACCGUUUCGGUGGGUAACGCACUUUGUGGCGGAACGACCUACACCGCUUCGGUAACGGCCAGUCCGGGUGCUCUAUUGAGUGUGCAGGGUGUAGGGGCAAGUAUCGCUGGAGGUGUCGUAACGGGCACCGUCGGUAGCAACGUAACGGUGGUGGCUACGCUGGCAGGUUGUGGAACGGCCGUAGGGGUGAUUUCUUCGCCAACGGCACCUUGUUCGCCAACGGGCUGCAACGGUCAGUUAAUCAGUAUCGGAGGAGCGAGUUGUUCGUCGACUGGUUUCUAUAGCGUAAACUACACGGCCCUUCCUGGGGUAACGGUACUGGCUUCGGCAGGCACGGUUUCCGCUGGGGUCAUUAGCAACGUCGCAGUCGGUACGGUUCUGAGUGUGACAGCUGUGAAUAGUACGUGUCCGGCUCAAAUCGCUGUGGUUCGGCCACCGGUUUGCCCACCCGCCUGUACGCAGCAAGAACUGAUCGUGUUUAACGCGCCGGUUUGUCAGACAGCUACGCAGACCUACAGUGUGAACUACGUUGCCACGCCGGGUACCGUUAUUGUGACCAAUCAGGGCAACACGGCUGUCGCCGGUACCAUCACAGGUAUCCCAGUUGGGGUAGUCCUGAGUGUAACAGCUACGAAUGGCAUGACCAAUGCCUGUCCGCAGGUGAAAACGGUCAAUCCGCCAGCGGGUUGUUCGACUGUAACCUGCACGGCGCCGAUGCUUACCUUCUGCAACCCGCUUUGUAAUCCAACAACGGGCGGCUUCACGUUCACCUAUCUAACCAAUGGUACAAGUGUGACGGUCAGCAACGGCGCAACGGUGAACAUGGCAACCAGAACGGUUACGGUACCAGCCGGUGUAACGGCAGUUGUCGUAACGGCGAUUAAUUCGCAGAAUGGCUGUUAUCAGACCACCAGCUUCACGAUUGCUGCACCAACCGGUUGUAACCCGCCUGUCUGUACAUUGCCUUCGCUGUUUGUUUGCCAGCCUAUUUGUAAUGGUGACGGCACCUACAGUGUUGGUUACCUUGUCUCCCCAGGAGCCAGUGUGACGGCUAAUGUGGGCGUGUUCUCUGCAGGGAAUCGGAUUACAGUUCCAGUAGGAACUAAACUGACGGUAACCGCAACGAACGGUCCAGGUUGUUCAGCCAGUGUAGUUGUCAACUCUCCGGCGUCCUGCUCGGUCUGUGUGCAGCCAGCCUUCGGCAUCUCUGGCAUCAUAUGCCGGAAUAACGGAACUAGCUACGAUGUGCAGUAUAUAACAAACAGCACCUCGGGUACAGUAACAGCUUCUUCGGGUACGGUUGGCGCGAAUGCCGUAACGAACAUUCUGGCAGGACAGCCAGUCGUGCUGACACUAACGAACAACAGUUGUCCGCCAGUGUCCAUUACGAUCGCAGCACCAACGAGUUGUACACCAAGCUGUGUGACGCUUGAAUUGAAAGUGUUGCUGGAAGGGCCGUAUAAUACGACGACGCAUCUGAUGAACACGACGCUCAACAGUCGCGGGUUGCUGCCUGGCCAAACACCAAUCGGUAUGUUUGCUGUGUCGACGCCAGCGGGUCAGCCCUAUAACACGGCGCCCUGGAACUACACGGGUACGGAAAGCGUGACGAACUAUCCAGCCGACGUUGUCGAUUGGGUACUGGUAUCACUGCGGACAGAUUCGCUGACAACAAACACGGCCUUCCGGGUUGCGGGUCUGUUGCACAGUAAUGGUCAGAUCAGCUUUGUGAAUCCGUGCUUCACCAUUCCGAAUGGUACGUACUUCCCCGUUAUCGAACACCGCAAUCACAUGGGCGUCAUGUCGCCAACUCGUGUACCUGUUGUGAACAACAAAUUGAUAUUUGACUUCACGACCCAGAAUUCGUACAUGAUUACUAAUCCACCGUCCUUCGGUGAGAUUCAGAUUGAUAACCGGUGGAUGAUGUACGGUGGCGAUGGCAAGAAAGACACCUAUACGGACGACUUCGAUAUCAACUUCUUCGAUUCCAAAUUGUGGAAAGAUGAGAGCGGUAUUUUCGAUCAGUACCGUCUGGGCGACUUCAAUAUGGAUGCCGAUGUGAACUUUAGCGAUAGCGUACUCUGGAACAAGAACAACGGCCGCUAUUCUAAAGUACCGCAUUAA